GGCUAUAUAGAUAAGAAAUAUGCCGUGCCGUCAGUUGCGGGCCGCAAAAGCAAAUUUCAAUUUAAAAAAGUACCAAAGAUAUGGAGGUCUGUACGAAUCUAUAAGCAUCCGGAUCUUCCGUCGAAAUCUUGAGUGAGCUUUUUAAUUGUUAAGUAUCUACAAUGUCUUUCGCAACUCCAAUUUACCCAGGUAUCGACCUCGAAGCCAACGAGGGACCUCUAUUAAAAACGGUAUCAAUUGCUUUCAUCACCUUGACCGCGUGUACUAUUGCCAUCCGCUUUUUUUCCCGUUGGUACACCAAGAUUUCUCUCGGCUUAGAUGAGUUGUUUGUUUCCAUUGCAGCAGUAAUUCUCACCCUCUAGAACCUUCUAAAAGCCCCCUCACAACACAAUAUAUAAUACAAACUAACAACGGAUCUAGAUCCUCUCAAUUGCCUAUACAGCAGUCAUAAUUGUCGAAGUCAACAAUAAUUUCUACGGACAACACGUUCACAAAUCAGACCCGGAACAUCUUGAAGCUUAUCUAAAAGGCCUAUAUGCUUUAGCUCUUCUCUAUCCCAUAGCUCUCAGCACGAGUAAGUUGUCUCUAUUAGCGCUUUACUGGAGAGUAUUCGCUGUCACUGGUGGAAGAGUUCCAAUUCUUUUCGCCAGUGCAAUCAAUGCGGCGUGGGGUAUUGCUGCUGUGAGUUAUCUCCUUACUACCACCCCAUUAUGCUGUCUGAAGUUCAAAUUUCUGUUUUUCGAAAGAAUUAUCCGCCCUAUAUUACCCUAUAUUAUGCCAUGCCGAUCCAAGUGCCAGUGAGAAGAAUCUGAGAUAAAACACUAAUGCUCUAUAUCUACUAGCUCUUUGUGGGAAUCUAUUCGUGUCGUCCUAUCCAAGGUUUCUGGAAUUCCGCCCUUGCCGCAAAAUGCAUCGAUUACCCUGUCUUCUUUACUUCUAAUGAAGCAUUUACAAUUGCAUUUGAUAUUGUGGUUCUAUCCAUCCCAGUUUGGUUCAUUGCGCAAAUCAAGAGAAGUAUAGGGGAGCGAAUUUUUAUUAGCAGCACUUUUCUGUUGGGGCUUGUGGUAACGGUAGUUUCGGCAAUUCGACUAUGGCGGCUGGUUAUUGCACAAAGAUUGCCGGGCUUUGAUCCUACUUUCAACGAAGUAGACGCCGGCUUAUGGGCAAUAAUCGAACUCAACCUCUGGAUUCUGGUCGCCUCGAUCCCGACUUUCCGCCCUUUGCUCGGCCAAAUGUGGCACGAUUAUUCUGAAAAAACAAACCGAAGCGGUAGCGAAGAAUCCCCAGAAUACCCUCUCAGCAGAAGAACUACAGGUACUUUAUUUCCCAGGAAACAGCGAGACAUGGAUCUAGAUACCGAGCCCGUGUUUGGAUUCGACAACGCGAAGAGAAACUCGGGAAACCUAUCGGAGAUUGAGCGACAUGGAAGAAAUAGUAGUUCGGGGACCGGGCUCAGCGGCGAUAGUGGGUUUGGAGAGGGCCUGGGCGUGAAAGUCGUAGAUGCGGAUUUGGAAUCGCAGGUAAAGACGGGGGUUGAGGGGUGGAGAAAUCCAUAUGGAUAUGCGUCUCGGAAGGCUGGGGGUGGGGUGGGAGAUAAACAGAGGUGGAGUAGCGAGAUGAAGGAUUUGGCGGGGAUAAAGGUGCAGAAGGAAAGAGAUGCUAAAAGGGAUGCGGGGGAUUGGGUGGUAUAGGCUGGGUAGUUGGAUAGUGUGCGAUGGAUGGGGUAAUAGAUGGGAUUCGAUUGAAGGAGUUCUAGGGGAAACACCUACUGGCGUUCGGAUGCGGGCUCUGGAUAGAGAUUAUUUUGCAUGUUAUUGGUAGCGAUGAUUCUUUGAUUUAGCGUGUUACUCCUAUGGGACGGAUCAUUGGCGGUUGCGGUACAUAGUCUAUUUGGGCCAUUUAGAUGGUGCUUGCUUAUGAGAAAGGUCUCAAAAUUUUAAUGUUAAAUCA